AUGGACCUGGGCGUCCAGAGCCACAAGCAGUACGACGCCGAGGAGCAGAAGAAGGCGCGGCGGCCUGCCCCGACGGGUCUGUUUGCGCCACUGGUCGUUGGUGCGAAGCGCGUGAUGGGCGAGAAGGAGCUGAAUGCGCUGCGAGCCGACGUGAUUGUCAAGCACAGCAAGGUGAUCGGCGCCUUUGUCGAUACCUCCGAGAGCCGGUUUGGCCAGCUCGUGCUCCGGCAGAUGUUUGAGGCGGCGGACAAGGACGGCAACGGCACGCUCGACCGGCGGGAGGUCCGCGACGCGCUGCACGCGCUCGGUUUCACCUUCAUCGAGGACAAGCAGCUCGACAAGAUCUUUUCGCGCGCCGACGAGAACGACGACCUCGUGAUCGACUUUGAGGAGUUCAUCAAAGAGACUCCAAAGACCCUACGAACCUCGCUCACCAACGGCCAUGACUUGGGGUUUCUCGCUUAGCCGCCUCCGCUUGGACACGGUGCUUGCGAAUUCUGCAGUCAUUCGUCUGCCACAUGCUGUGUCUCUGCGUGUAUGGGAGGAGGAGUUCUGUGCGCUGGCGCGUGUAGAGGCGCCCCGCAGGACUGGACAUGAGCCGCCGGGAGCGCGGGAGCAGCCGCGCACGGCGGCGUGCGCGGCGCCGCGCGUUACGAGCGGUCCGUGUGUGGCCGUGCCGCAUGGGCAUGCGCCUGGGCGUGGUGCACAAUUUUUACCCGGAGGGCACGCGCUGGCCGCUGCGGCGGGAGGCGGCGCGUCUCUCGUCCGAUCGUCGCUUGCCUAUCGUGCCAUGACCCCCAUGUCAUGACUCAUGUGUGUAUACGAGGUGUGUGCCCAUGUGCCAUGACGCUGUCAUUAGUUUACCCUCCGGGUGUACACCGGUUCUAGCUUCGAAAGAAAUAGGCUUGUUAUUGU